AUGAAGAAGGCCGCCGAAGAGGGCCGCCGCCGAGGGGUGCGGCGGGGCGCCGCCGACCGCGAGCGCCUGGUGCGGGCGGUGCUGUCCUGGCUGCGGGGCUGCGAGCUGCAGCGGCUCGCGCGGAGGCACGCCGCGGAGGCGGAGCAGCAGUCCGCGAAGCACGCGAUGCUGCAGGACCAGGCGCUGCUGCUGCGCCGCAGCCUCGGGGACGCCUGCUCCCUGGCCUCGGCCUCUCAGGAGCGGCUGUGGCGCGUGCGCUGCUGGGCGCUGCUGCGGCGGCGGGAGGCUGAGGUCCUCAUGCGCCUCGGCAGCUUCUGA